AUUUUUAAAUAAAAAAACCCAUCGAUUUUCCCCCACUCAAAAUUCAAACCGAACCGAUUUCAUUUGUCUCAACGAUAAAUAACCAAAUUAACACCCGAUCGAUCAUGUCUUGGGAGCAGAUAAAAUCGAAAAUAUCCAUUCCCAUAUUCUUAGCUAUCGCAGCAGCCAUGUACUGGGCGGAUUUGACCUUGAAUAGAUGCUGAGGAUCAAUGGAGCAGAUAAAAAAUGAGGAGGAGAUAAAGCUCUCGCGAACGAUGGAGACCGGGAAAGUCAUGUUCGAGAUACCGAUAAAUCAGACUAUCGAUCAGAAUCAUAAAUCGUCGAUUGCAUUCCGAGGAACUACUGAGGAUAAUCCUGAGGGCGUUUCUCUACUGGAGGGUACCGUAAAGGUCGAAAUUCUACCGAAGACUUCGUCUUCGAUUUUGACCCGAACUUCGGCGAAGCCAUCGAGACAGAGACUCGGAGACGUCGGACAAUACGACGAGGCAACUCUCAAAGAAAUCGAAGCUCGAAGGAAGACGAUCUUCGCGUCUCGCAGUGAUUUAUCGCGCGUGUCAUCUGUAUUUUUCAAAACUACGAAAAAAUCAAACGCGAAAGAGGAGAGAAAGGGAAUUUCAAAUCAACCGAGUGUGGAGCUGUCGAGAAAAUCGAGCAGCCGAUUGCGACUGUCUGAUAACAUUCCCGUAAGGAGUAUGAUCCUGGAGGUGCCCCGGCGGGUAGACCUCACUCCGAAAGAGGCUGAUGCCUAUGGAGAUAUCAUCGAGAGGGUUCUGAAUGAGCUGGAGUUGAUAAGGUACAGGAUUCCCGCGGAGGUGGAAGAACGGUGGGACGAGGAUUAUCAGGAUCCAGACGAGAAGUUUGACGUCCCUCAAGAACCUGAGGACACCCUGCGGGAGUACCUGGGUCUGCCUGCGGUUAUACCGAGUGCUGCUGAGAAACUGCAACGGGACAGGACAUACAUCUGUAACGUCUUGAAAGAGAUGCUGCAAGAGCUAAGACUCUGCCGCAGGUACGACCGUCUCGAACGCGAAAUCGAUAAAAUAUCGAAAGCCGCAGAGGACGAGCAUAAUUUAGAAGUCAACCACGAGAUCUGGACGGAGCAGAUGGAUCAAUUAGUCGCAUUGAUUCAAUCCGAAAGACUCGACAGUGAAAUCGAGGUGAAAAAAAGGAUCAGCGGAGUGCACGAAUCAGCUGCGGAUAUCGAUGACGCCAUUUUCCUGAGCAGAUCAAAACUGGGUUACGUGAGAAGAUGGGAGAGCGCACGCUUGGAGGGUCAGAGAUUGCAGUUGGAGAUGCAAGAGCAGGUGUACCAGGAUCAGCUGAGUGAUUACGACUAUAAGGAGGCGGCGGAGGAAGUCAUCUCCGAGGAGAUCAGGGCGUACCUGCAGCAGGACAUCAACAAAAUGGAGGGAAAUUAUGAGGAGUGGAUGACCCGAUUCAAUGACGAAAUCGAUCAGCUUGACGAGGAGAUUGAGUACAAGAGGCAGGACAUUGAGGAGGCGGAAAGGAACCUGGAGACGAAGACGACAUUAUCGACUGAGCGGCAGAGGUUCAUUGACGAUUGCGUCAUGCGGAGGACGGCAAUGGCCGACGAGAGGGCGUACUGGGACGCGAUCCAUCGCGCAGCUGCAGUCAUUCAGGCUCUGUGGAGGGGAUUCAUGGUGAGGGGCCAGUUGGGGCCUUAUCGGGGCCUCUGGAGGGCGUUGAAGAAGCGGAAGAAAAUAGCGGCCAGGAGGAGGAAGAAAAUGGAGGCUCGGAGGAGGAAAAUGGAGGCGAAAAAGGCAGCUGAAGACGCCAAAAAGCGGAAAUAAAUUUUGGAUUUGAGUGAAGAUGUAACAGAAUUAAAGAAGAAACGAUAUUUUUCAAAUAAAAAAAUUUUAAAAUAAUAAAAAAACUUGUAUUUUUUUACAAGACUUUGUUAUGUAUUACAAGUUGAUUUGAUUAUUUAUAAUAUUUUCUUUGAAGUCUUAAAAGUUGCAAUGAAAAUGCUGUUAACGUAAAUGGAAAAA